UCCAUACUUUGAUACUUUCAUUUCCCAGUUUGCUUCACUCGUUCUUUUUAAUGUUGUGCAGCGAAUUGCGAUAGCAAUCGUCCCUUGGAUUCUAUAUUUUUUUUCAAAUUUUUUUUUUUUUUGUUAUUUAUUUAUCGUCUAAGUAAACAAUUUUUUUUUCUGUUUGUUCAACUAUUUAAUUUCGUUGCAGCCAAACGAACACCGACGUCGUAGGAGACUACUGUUUUGUUCCUGUUCAUCUGCACUCUGCGUGGAUUCUCUGACAGCUAUAACUCUCUGUGUUGGCGUGUCCAUUGUGGUCUGUGUGUUAUAUGCCCGAUAUUGCAGCUUGAAAAAAACGGCUUCCGGAUAUUCGGUUGUUUUGUCGUUCCGAAGGCUUGUUCGUCGUCGACAUGUCCGAAAUGGUCAACGACAACGACAAGUCAUCGAAUCUGGCGGUUGAUGGCGACAAUGAAGGUAUAACAACAAAUGAAAUGGAAAAUGAAACAACCAUUGAAGAUAAGGUUAAAGUAGUGAGAUUUAAGCAGCCAACACAAAAGUAUACCAAAGAAGCAUUGUUGGAAUUACAAAACUUGAGCAGUUCCAAAUUGCGCCCAAAAUUUUUAGACAACUUCCCUGACUUGGAUUUAGAACUCGCUGGAAAAACUCGAAAGGGGAGUAGACCUGUUGCUAGUGGAAAACCAGCAACCAAUACCAAGACAGUAGCAUUUGAUUUACCGCCUUGGCAGAACCAACCAACAGAAAAUGGUGAACCUAAAACUGAGAAAAAACCUCAGGAUGCUAAAGAUCGUUUGAAAAAGGAUCAAGAUAUAGUUUUGAGUCCUCAAAGGCGUAGUUUCAAUUCAGGAUGUUUUGUUACUAUGAAUGCCUCUAGUGGACCAAAACGUUCAAAUAGUCCUUUGAAUACAUCUGCUAAACAGUAUGUCGAAAGGGAGCCCAUUCGAGAACCUCGUCGAGUUGGCAGUGGUCGAUUAAUGAGUCGAGAUUCAUGGGAUUCUGGUUUUCGUCAGCCAGAAAAUGGAAUUGCAAAUAAUUACAAUUUUGGUAAAGGUGGCUUCCGUGAAUCUUCAUCUCAUAGCUCAAUUGAACCUCGUAGAAAAGAUUUUGAGUUUGACAGAGGAGAAACAGAUCGUUAUAGAAAUUAUGAUCGCUUCAAAGGCUCUAGUAAUUAUGAUAGACGUCGAAAUGAUUCUUAUCGAACACAAGAAGAACCAGAAUGGAUGACAGAUGGCCCAACUUCUCAACAUGAUACUAUUGAGUUGCGAGGUUUUGAGGAUCCACCUGUAGACAAAACAAAAAAGAAAAAAACAAAACCCGCGGCCCGUGCUAAAAAGAAUUCAAUUGACUCUACAUCCACGGAAUCAGUAGCAGCUAUAAAAGGAGCCAAUGAAACUAAAAUUAAGAAAACUAAAAAAGAAAAAGAUGAGGAUAAAAAGAAAAGGUCGACAGUUGACAAACCAAAUAAUGAAUCUGAAGAUCAAACUAAAAAAGAUUCUGAAUCAAUAACUGGAAAUGAGUUCAUUCAAGCUUAUGAUGCUGAGCAUAAAACAAAUGACAAUGUGUUCAAUGAUUUCAAUAUUGAUGAUUUCUUAAAGCCAGAUUACUUAAGUGAUAUGCACAUUGAAGGGGAAACUGAUGGGAAUGUAGCUGGUUCACGAUUCCGCCAAUGGUUUACUACUCAUGAUAGUAGUCGUGCUUCAUCUGCUUCUACUGAAAUGUUAAAUUCAGCAACUAAUAAAGGUGCAACAGAUAAUAUAGAAGAAGACCCUAGACAGUUAACAUCAAUGCUCAUGGGAAUGGUUAAACAUAACAAUCAAAAUGAAUCAAAAAAUAUAACAAAUGCAUAUGAUUCUAUUACAUCGAGUGAAAAUAAUAAACUUCCUCCAGCUAUCAUGGAUGUUAUUAAAGCCAGUGCACCUCAGUUGACUGAUCCUAAAGCUGCCAUUCGUGAUUUAGAAGUUAAUGGUAAAGUUCAAAGUCUUGAAGAAAUUGAAUCUAGAUUGCGUAUGUCUAGUGGGCAACAAAAUGGUUAUUCACCGCCGCUUAACAAUAUUCAAUUCCACGAAGAAAUGAAACUAAAAAAACUGCAAAAUAUGAAAAUGCCUCAGAAUGAGCACGAAAACUCUAAUAAUGAUGGACACGUAACAAAUAGCUCUCAAAACUAUUCCAUAUUGCAGAUGCUAAAUAAUGCCCAAGGACCUCAAAACUAUAUGGUAAACCAAGGUCAAAACCCUGCCGGUCAGUAUGGUUCUUCAAAUAAUUAUCGCAGUCAACAACCAAAUAUGCAAGUUCCUAAUGAUCUUGUUAUGAAGCUCAUGGAAGCACAACAGAUUCAAAAGCAACAUGAAACUAUGGUUGCAAAAGCAAUGGCUGCUCAACAACAACAGUCUAAGCAAAAUAUGUUCAAACUUCCUGUGGAACUUCAAAAUAUGGUAAAUUUCUACACACCAACCAAAGAUAUAUUGCAAAGCCGCGAAGCACAAGAAAUGCUCAUGGGAAUAAAACGUGGUGAAGUAAUGUUACAUCAUUUGGUAGAGCAAUGGAAAAAGACAAGUACUAAUCAGUCUCGUUAUCGCGAAACUCUUAUUUGUCUUAUGAAAGUAUUUCAACAUUCAAGCAAUGCCCAAAGAAUGGCUAACCAACAGGAUAUAGUUUACCAACAACAACAACAAGCUGCAUUAUAUCAAAGCCAAAUGCUUAAAAGACAAUUGCUCGAUCAAACUCACAAAAGGAUGGAAAAUGUUCAUAAUGCAUCAUAUGGCGGAGAAGGUGCUAUGGAUUUGGGCUCAUCUCAGUCACAAUCUCAACCAAGAAUUGGCCUUACUCCAACGUCUGUGUUACGUAAAAUGACUUCAACCUCAGAACCUUUGGUAGACAAACACCAUAUACCUGAUGAAAGAUCUGUUACCCAGCAUGCACUUCAGCAUCAAAUAAACACUCUACAACAACAAAUCCAGCAACAACAGUUUAUGCAGCAGCAGCAACAACAACAGCAGCAGCAGCAGCAACAACAACAACAACGGCCGGUCAAUACAACUAUCCAACAAAUACUGAGUGGUAAUUAUCCCAGGUAUCACGGAGCUCAACAACAACAACAGCAGCAGCAAUCCAAUAAUAUGAAUGGUCGCAGUAUAAAUUAUGGUUCUGCGGAUAAAUCUCGCAUGAACCGGGUACAAUCUCCUGUUAGCAAUCAGCUUGCACGUUGGUUUUCUCCAGAACUGUUAGCACAAGCUCGUGCUGGGCGUUUGCCAAACAUGCCUGCUAUGUCGCAGAAUAUCAACAUGCUCAGUGUCGAGGAUAUCGAAAAGUUCCAGGUUGGUGGUCGCUCUUAAUUAGUAAAAAUUGUGGUGACCUCUACAAUUUUGUGUAAAAAUCGUAAAAAAACAAAAAAAAAAGUUGUUAUUCCUUUUAAAUAUAUAUAGGGCCCUUCUUAAAGUCUCAAUAUUUUCUUUCUUUUCCUUUUGUUUUAUUAUGGGGUUCUUAAUUUAUUUUAAGUUCAGUGUUUUUCCACUGACCUCUCUUUAAAAUUAUUUCCUCAGAGCAAUUCAGAAACGUUUUUCUUUUUCUUUUUGCAUGUUUAAACAAAAAAUUAACUAUUAAUUUUUGAAAAUUGUAAUUUUAUUCUAAUGAACUUGAAACACAUACUUAUUUUAUAUAAUACAUUAUAAUUUCUUUAAGAUUAUGAACCUCUUGUGUACAAAAAUUCAUUAUUAUAUCUUUAGAAAACAACGUGUAAAUAAGUACAAAGAAAUAUUUUCUUAUGUACCAUUUGUCUGUGAUGUUAGAAGUUGUAUAUGAAAUGUAAGUUUGAUAAGUCUUUGUAUUACUAGAAUUAAAAAAAAAUGAACCGCUUUAGCGGAGAUAUGUUUGAAAAAAUAAACUAUUGUAAUUAUAAUAUAUACUUAUAGUUUUUGACAAACUCA